AGUGCAUCACAAAUUUUGGAGCCUUACAGCUCAAUGCUUUGGACAGUGUCAGUAAAACUUUCCCGCCGCAAUUCAAUCGUGUACUUGCCGUGUGUCUUUAUUGAGAAGCCUUCCCGUGCUUCCACAAUUCCUCGGAUGGGCCGAAUUCACGCGAAAAUGUCGAGGUGAAGAUGACUUCCUUGAGCAGUGAUGGAAGAUGUUAUUGCUGUUGAAUUUUCUGGAGUGACUUGAAAUUACUUACGAGUUUAGUGUGCAACUGUUAGUGUGAAACCGUUGAUCAAGCGUGAGUACAUUCAGGUUUUUCAUUUUGCUGACAAUUUUCGCGAUGGCUACUCAAGAAGAACGGAUGGUUACUACUACGUUCAAAAUGUACGGCUUCACUCUGAAAAGUGAGGCCGCGCAGGAUCUUCGUAUGCUGCUUAGCCCGUUUUCUCAUGCGGGAAAAAUUGCAUGGAUUGAAAAAAUCGUCGAUCGAAUACCAAAACUGAAACUCUCUUCUCCGAUAUUGACAAAAAAGGAUGUUGCAGAAGUUGUAUCAUUGAUCGAGAAAGAAAACGAGCUGAACAAUGACAAUAUACUGAGCGUCAUCAGUGCUUUCAAAAUUCCUCGCCUGAAAUAUAGCGUCGAUCGAAAGAAAUUCUUUGCUGUGAAAGAAACUGAAGAGAACGCGUUCAAGUUCAUAGGCACUUCGGAAGACAAAGCCAAUCUCUUCGUUGAUCGAUACUCCUUACUGAAUCAGCGAACACGCAGGAACGAGUUGUUCUCUCCGUCGGUGUUGGGAACUACGUCGACUAAUCGCCGAUUUGCUUUGCACACAAUAGAAUAUUUGCUAGGAACGUCCACAAAAGUGGACCAUGUCAUCGUAUUAGGAAUGCUCACCCAGAUAAAGGAAGGAUGGUAUGAAGACGGGCUUUUCCAUGUGACUAUAAUGGGCAUGCCCCCCGUUGAAACGCACGAGAAAACAAGAAAAUAUUUUGGAAGUCUUGAUUUUCUGAAAGGCCUGACGGAUACAUCGCCGAGGUGCGAUGUGAAACUGAAGGAGCUCGAAAUGAAAGACCAAUCUACUCUCUUCGUUUUUCUCUCCGAUAUUUGGCUGGAUAAUCCUGCCACUUUUACGAAACUGGAAAUUCUCUUGGACGGAUUCUCGGACUGUCCGCCAACAUGCUUCGUGUUGUGUGGAAAUUUCCUGAAACCGCUUAACUUUGGCGGCAGCGGAGAGUCGGACUCGAACAUCACUGAUCUCAGUGCAGCAAAAAAUCUUGCUGACGUUUUAAAAGACAACUUGGAAAAGUUUGCGGAUUUGAUAGAAAAGUUUCCUCUCGUGAUGCAACAAAGCUAUUUCGUCUUCGUGCCCGGCAUAAGUGACCCCGGCAUUAGUGGUGCUUUUCCCAGGAAAUCGUUGCCGAAAUACGUUACGGCAAAAUUUGCGGAACGAAUUCCGAAUGCAGUAUUCGCUACAAACCCUUGCAGAAUCCGGUUUUACUCGCAAGAAAUUGUCGUCUUCAGAGAAGACGUGUUGUCCAAAAUGGGUCGAAAUGCGUUCUACUUCCCUACAACUACCAACGAAGAUGAGCUCUAUAGUCACUUCGUGAAAACGUUGCUUUCGCAAGCGCACCUGGCACCACUCCCGUUGCAAACUUGUCCGAUUUACUGGCCUUAUGAUCAGAGCAUGCGUUUGUACCCUUUACCGGAUGUCGUCGUCGUUGCAGACCGGUUCAAACCUUUCACAAAUUCUCAGGCAGGCUGCAUCGUUACCAAUCCUGGAAGUUUCUCGAGGAAUGGCCAUUGCUUCAAGGCCUAUUAUCCAGCAACCAAAAGGGUGGAAGACAGUCGUGUUCCGGAUGCUGAAUAAAGUCAAAAAGACGUGAUUCAGCUUCGACCUCUGAACGGAAUCUUCCUCGUAAUUUUGUGAUUAAACGCACCACGUUUUCACGCAUUAAUUUUGAUAUGACCUUUAAAAAUAUUUUUCCACCUUUUUAUUUGCAUAUGUCCACUCUGUAAACUCAGGGAACGUGUGUUCGGGAACUCAACGGUGAAUAAACAAUUCUUGUGAAUAUUUUGGGCAAAGAAAAUAUUACUUGAUGGUUUAUUUUCCUUCACGAAGCCGGAGUUA